AUGUCAUCUUCUUCCCUCCUCACCACUGCCCUUCAAAAAAUUGCCAAAAACUACCGUAACCCAAAAAUCGAAUUUCUGGGAAUUCCAGUUGGCUCACAGAAAAUUGGACUGCAAGUAACAUUUUCUGGAAGGCCAGAAAAUCAACAAAAUCUCUAUCCAAAAGGGAAUACGCUCUUUUUUGAAUACGAAAAAUGGGAGGAUCAUUGCAAAGUUGUUUGGCAUCGAAGUGAUAAAAAUCGAGAUCAAAAAAUCAAAAAUUCCAAUUUCAUCGAUCGAUUUUUUAUCGAUUUUUUGGCCCAAAUCACAAUGGACUUUUCUAAACUUUCCGUUGAUUUUUGUGCUGAAAAUUCUCGAUUUUUGGAUUCUUUCAAACGAAAUUUCGGGAUCAAAGGACCAAUAAAAACCAAGGAAAUUGCAUUAGGAGUUCAAACUCCAGCCGAAAUUUCCGGAAUUCUACAGUAUACCCUGCCUGCACAUCUAAAGAAAAUUGAGAUCAUGAGUCCUGGGGAUGCGAAUGAAAAAAUAUCGAUUGAUCAGGAAAUCGGAGAAUUGGAUCAAUGGAAAAUGGCGGAAAUUUUGGAUAUGGCCGAUAUUGAUGUGGUUGAUCCAAAAAUUGAAAUUUUCAAAAAUUUUCGAGAAGCCCAAAUUUCAUUUUCGAGGCUUUCUAUGGAAAAUGUGGAGGAGCUGAAAACGAUGUUCAAAAAUUCCACCGUUCUUCAAAAUUUUCGCAUUGGGAGUGUGUCCAAUUUCGAUAUAAUUCACGAACUACUUUCAACCCAUGGUCAACCAUUUUUAGAUACUGUAGAAGUGAAUCGAGUUCGAACAAGCUGGUUUUUUAAAAUCCCGAAUGAUCCAGAAAAAGUGAUUCGAAUUAGUCUAUUUGCAAUUUUAAUGGAAAUUGCUAAAAUCCCGAAAUCCGAAGUUCCAAGAGGCGCAACGAUUUUGGGUUGA